GACAGAAAAAGUGUUGGUUUUCUUACUGCUCUGCGCAGGUCUAUGUGAAGCUUCACUGACUAAAGGUUUGGAAAGGAAGAUGCUAUAUUUUCCCAGCAGAACAAAGAACAGCUAUGUGACUGUCAUUCCAGAAGAAUACAAACCUCUGAAAGAGUUUACUGCGUGUCUGCAAGCAAACACCACUAUGGAUGGAUCUCUUUUUUCCUUCACUAGCAGAAAAUAUGACAAUGAAAUUCUUCUGUUCAUUUUACCAGGAGUUAUAUAUAAGGUCUUUGUUGGGAAUAAAUUAUCCAAAUUUCCUGUUCCAGUGUUACCUAAAGGGUGGAUUCAUUAUUGCAUAAGCUGGCAAUCAUAUAGUGGGAAAGUCCAGGUUUGGAUGAAUGGAAAAAGAUUAUCAUACUCCAUUUUGAAUAAGGGGUAUGUUAUCCCCCAAAAUCCUAGCAUCAUCCUUGGUCAGGAGCAGGAUUCUUUUGGGGGGGGAUUUGACACACGUCAAUCAUUUGUAGGAGAAAUAGCAGAUGUGCACAUGUGGGAUCGGGAAUUGUCAUCCACUGAGAUAAAGUUUGUGUUUGAAGGAGAUUCAUCCAUUAAGGGAAAUAUAAUAAACUGGGACAAAGUAAAGUAUAAUUUAUAUGGGAAUGUUUUAAUUAAACCUUUAGAAACUGUGACAUUACCAGUAAAAUGCUAGUUCAACAACCAUCGAUCUAAGGCAAAGAAAUGAAAGAAACAAUGAACCUGUAUGUCUCACAGUUCAUUAAAGAAAUUUAAAACAUUUAAAUGAUAAAUAUUAGUAGUUUAUUAACUUAAAAAAACAUCAAAGCUCUAAAGUUAUGAGCCUCAAGUGGCAAUGAAAACUAUAAAUUAGUAUAUUUGUAAAGUUUUAAUGUG